AUUCAACAUGGACGCGUCCAUUUGAACAUCUCGCCUGAGUGGUUCUCCUGCACGCCUGCCUGUCAUUAGCAGUCGUGUUCGCAGCUGCUGCCCAGUCUUCCUCCGGAAUAGGGGAGGGAGAGGGAAUGAGAAGCUGCAGCGGCCGAGGAGUCACCGUGACCGUCCCCGCCGCCACCCUCGGGCCCCCUCGGCCCCCGCGCCUCCGGGGAGCAGCCGGGGCUCGCCGCGCCUGACGCGUCCCGAGUCACACAGAAAUAAUGUUGAUAUUUGGAACCCAUGUCGAACUUCUAUGAAGAAAGGGCAACAAUGAUUGCAGCCGGGGAUUUGCAGGAAUUUGUUCCUUUUGGUCGAGACCACUGCAAGCACCACCCUAAUGCUUUGAACCUUCAGCUUCGCCAGCUGCAGCCAGCGUCGGAGUUAUGGUCUUCUGAUGGUGCCGCUGGCUUGGUGGGAUCCCUUCAGGAGGUUACGAUCCACGAGAAACAGAAGGAGAGCUGGCAGUUAAGGAAAGGCGUAAGUGAAAUUGGAGAAGAAGUAGAUUACGAUGAGGAACUCUAUGUGGCUGGAAAUAUGGUUAUCUGGAGCAAAGGAAGUAAAAGCCAGGCACUGGCUGUUUAUAAAGCGUUUACAGUUGACAGUCCUGUUCAACAGGCAUUGUGGUGUGACUUCAUUAUAUCACAGGAUAAGUCUGAAAAGGACUACAGUAGUGAUGAAGUAGAAAAAUGCAUAUGUAUAUUGCAAAGCUCAUGUAUUAACAUGCAUAGCAUAGAAGGAAAGGAUUACAUAGCUUCUUUACCUUUUCAGGUUGCAAAUGUUUGGCCCACGAAGUAUGGCUUGUUGUUUGAACGAAGCAGCUCUUCACAUGAGGUUCCUCCAGGACCACCCAGAGAACCUUUACCCACUAUGUUCAGCAUGCUGCAUCCACUAGAUGAAAUCACACCUCUUGUUUGUAAAUCUGGAAGUCUUUUUGGUUCAUCACGGGUACAAUAUGUUGUAGAUCAUGCAAUGAAAAUUGUUUUUCUCAACACUGAUCCCUCCGUUGUAAUGACCUAUGACACCGUUCAAGGUUUGCAUUCUGUGUGGGCUCUCCGGAGAGUCAAAACAGAGGAAGAGAAUGUUGUUUUAAAGUUCUCUGAACAGGGGGGCACCCCACAGAAUGUGGCCACCAGCAGCUCGCUCACAGCACACCUCAGAAGCCUCUCCAGGGGAGACUCCCCCGUGGCUUCCCCCUUCCAGAACUACUCCUCCAUCCACAGCCAGAGUCGCUCAGCCUCCUCGCCCAGCCUACACUCCCGCUCACCUUCCAUUUCCAACAUGGCAGCUCUCAGUCGUGCUCAUUCUCCAGCCUUAGGAGUGCACUCUUUUUCAGGGGUGCAAAGGUUCAACCUUUCAAGCCAUAAUCAAUCUCCAAAGAGACACAGUAUUUCUCAUUCUCCAAAUAGUAAUUCUAACGGCUCCUUUCUUGCACCAGAAACAGAGCCAAUUGUUCCUGAACUUUGUAUGGACCAUUUAUGGACAGAAACGAUUACUAAUAUAAGGGAGAAAAAUUCACAGGCCUCAAAAGUCUUUAUUACAUCUGACCUAUGUGGGCAGAAGUUCUUGUGCUUUUUAGUAGAGUCCCAGCUCCAGUUACGAUGUGUAAAGUUUCAAGAGAGUAAUGAUAAAACCCAGCUCAUCUUUGGCUCCGUCACCAACAUACAGGCAAAGGAUGCAGCUCCAGUGGAGAAGAUAGACACUAUGCUGGUCCUGGAAGGCAGUGGAAACCUGGUGCUGUACACAGGAGUGGUUCGGGUGGGAAAGGUUUUUAUUCCUGGGCUGCCAGCUCCCUCCCUGACAAUGUCGAACACGAUGCCUCGGCCCAGCACCCCACUUGACAGCGUUAGUACUCCUAACCCUCUGAGUAAGCUGCUUGGAUCCCUGGAUGAGGCUGUUCUAUUGUCCCCAGUUCCAGAACUAAGGGAUUCUUCAAAGCUUCAUGAUUCUCUCUAUAAUGAGGAUUGUACUUUCCAACAGCUUGGAACUUACAUUCAUUCUAUAAGAGACCCUGUCCAUAACAGGGUAACGCUAGAACUGAGUAAUGGCUCCAUGGUUAGGAUCACUAUUCCUGAAAUUGCCACCUCUGAAUUAGUACAAACUUGUUUGCAAGCAAUUAAAUUUAUCCUGCCAAAAGAAGUAGCUGUUCAGAUGCUUGUCAAGUGGUACAGUGUCCACAGUGCUCCAGGAGGACCCAGUUAUCACUCAGAGUGGAACUUAUUUGUGACUUGUCUCAUGAACAUGAUGGGUUAUAACACAGACCGCUUAGCAUGGACAAGGAAUUUCGACUUUGAAGGAUCACUUUCUCCAGUCAUUGCACCCAAAAAAGCAAGACCUUCUGAGACAGGAUCUGAUGAUGACUGGGAAUAUUUACUAAAUUCAGACUACCACCAGAAUGUUGAGUCUCAUCUUUUGAAUAGAUCUUUAUGUUUGAGUCCUUUGGAAGUUUCACAGAUGAAGGAUGAGGAUUUGUCACAGAAUCUCAGUUUGGACUCUUCUACACUUCUUUUCACUCACAUACCUGCAAUUUUUUUUGUUCUUCACCUGGUCUAUGAGGAGCUUAAGUUGAACACUCUAAUGGGAGAAGGAAUUCGUUCACUUGUUGAACUUCUCGUUCAGUUGGCAAGGGACUUAAAAUUGGAGGCUUAUGUAGAUCAUUACUAUAGAGAUUACCCAGCACUUGUCAGAACUACUGGACAAGUGUGUACAAUUGAUCAAGGACAAACAGGAUUUAUGCAUCAUCCAUCAUUUUUUACUUCUGAGCCACCAAGUAUUUAUCAGUGGGUGAGUUCUUGUCUGAAGGGUGAAGGAAUGCCACCCUAUCCUUGCCUCCCCGUCAUCUGUGAAAGAAGCAGACUUGUAGUCUUGAGUAUUGCACUCUACAUACUUGGUGAUGAAAGUUCUGUUUCUGAUGAAUCCUCACAGUAUUUAUCCAGAAUAAGUAUAGCCCCACAGAAGUCACAAGCAGAGCAAGAGGAGAACAGGUUUAGUUUCAGGCAUUCUACAUCAGUAUCUAGUCUAGCUGAGAGAUUAGUCGUCUGGAUGACUAAUGUAGGUUUCGCUUUAAGAGACUUGGAAACCCUUCCCUUUGGAAUUGCUCUUCCCAUCAGAGAUGCGAUUUAUCACUGUCGGGAGCAGCCUGCUUCAGACUGGCCAGAAGCUGUUUGCCUGUUGAUUGGGCGUCAGGAUCUUUCCAAGCAGGCCUGUGAAGGAAACUUGCCCAAAGGGAAAUCUUCUGUUACUCAGGUGCUCUCAUCAGAUGUUCCUUCAGGAACAGAAACUGAGGAGGAAGAUGAUGGCAUGAAUGACAUGAAUCAGGAGGUGAUGUCACUAAUAUGGAGUGAAGACUUAAGGGUGCAGGAUGUGCGAAGGCUUCUUCAGAGUGCACAUCCUGUCCGCGUCAAUGUGGUGCAGUACCCAGAGCUCAGUGACCACGAGUUCAUUGAGGAAAAAGAGAACAGAUUGCUCCAGUUGUGUCAGCGAACUAUGGCUCUUCCAGUAGGACGGGGAAUGUUUACCUUGUUUUCAUACCAUCCUGUUCCAACGGAGCCAUUGCCUAUUCCUAAGUUGAAUUUGACUGGGCGGGCACCCCCUCGGAACACAACAGUAGACCUGAACAGCGGCAACAUCGAUGUGCCUCCCAACAUGACCAGCUGGGCCAGCUUCCAUAAUGGUGUGGCUGCCGGCCUGAAGAUAGCCCCUGCCUCCCAGAUCGACUCAGCCUGGAUUGUCUACAAUAAGCCCAAGCACGCCGAGUUAGCCAAUGAGUAUGCUGGCUUUCUCAUGGCCUUGGGUCUGAACGGGCACCUUACCAAGCUGGCUACUCUCAAUAUCCAUGACUACCUGACCAAGGGUCAUGAGAUGACAAGCAUUGGACUGCUCCUUGGUGUUUCUGCUGCUAAACUAGGCACCAUGGAUAUGUCGAUUACACGGCUUCUUAGCAUCCACAUUCCUGCUCUCCUGCCCCCAACGUCCACAGAGCUUGAUGUUCCUCACAACGUCCAAGUGGCUGCAGUGGUCGGCAUCGGCCUUGUUUAUCAAGGGACAGCUCAUAGGCAUACCGCAGAAGUCUUGUUGGCUGAAAUAGGACGGCCCCCUGGUCCUGAAAUGGAAUACUGCACGGACAGAGAGUCUUACUCUUUGGCUGCUGGCUUGGCUCUGGGCAUGGUUUGCUUGGGGCACGGCAGUAAUUUGAUAGGUAUGUCUGAUCUCAAUGUACCCGAGCAGCUUUACCAGUACAUGGUUGGAGGCCAUAGGCGCUUUCAAGCAGGGAUGCACAGGGAGAAACAUAAAUCUCCAAGUUAUCAAAUCAAAGAAGGAGAUACCAUAAAUGUGGAUGUAACUUGUCCAGGUGCCACUCUCGCUUUGGCCAUGAUCUACUUAAAAACCAAUAACAGAUCCAUUGCAGAUUGGCUCCGAGCUCCCGACACCAUGUAUUUGCUGGAUUUUGUGAAGCCAGAAUUUCUCUUACUUAGGACGCUUGCUCGAUGCCUGAUUUUGUGGGAUGAUAUUUUACCAAAUUCCAAGUGGGUUGAUAGCAACGUUCCUCAAAUUAUAAGAGAAAAUAGUAUCUCUCUCAGUGAAAUCGAAUUGCCGUGUUCAGAGGAUUUGAAUUUGGAAACUUUGUCGCAGGCACAUGUCUACAUAAUUGCAGGAGCUUGUUUGUCUCUGGGUUUUCGAUUUGCUGGCUCAGAAAACUUAUCAGCAUUUAACUGUUUGCAUAAAUUUGCAAAAGAUUUUAUGACUUAUUUGUCCGCACCUAAUGCUUCUGUAACAGGCCCUUACAACCUGGAGGCUUGCCUGAGUGUGGUGCUGCUGUCUCUCGCCAUGGUGAUGGCUGGCUCGGGGAGCCUGAAGGUUUUGCAGCUUUGUCGCUUCUUGCACAUGAAAACGGGUGGUGAAAUGAACUAUGGUUUCCACUUAGCCCAUCACAUGGCCCUUGGACUUCUGUUUUUGGGAGGAGGAAGGUACUCUUUGAGCACAUCAAACUCUUCCAUUGCCGCUCUCCUCUGUGCCCUUUACCCGCACUUCCCAGCUCACAGCACUGACAACCGGUAUCACCUCCAGGCUCUCCGGCACCUGUAUGUGCUGGCUGCAGAACCGAGACUUCUCGUGCCCGUGGAUGUGGACACAAACACGCCCUGCUAUGCCCUCUUAGAAGUGACCUAUAAGGGCACUCAGUGGUAUGAACAAACCAAAGAAGAAUUGAUGGCUCCUACCCUUCUUCCAGAACUCCACCUUUUAAAGCAGAUUAAAGUUAAAGGCCCACGAUACUGGGAACUGCUCAUAGAUUUAAGCAAGGGAACCCAACACUUGAAGUCAAUUCUUUCCAAGGACGGGGUUUUAUAUGUUAAGCUCAGAGCGGGUCAGCUCUCGUACAAGGAAGAUCCAAUGGGGUGGCAAAGUCUGCUGGCCCAGACUGUUGCUAACAGGAACUCUGAAGCUCGGGCUUUCAAGCCUGAAACGAUUUCAGCAUUCACUUCUGAUCCAGCACUUCUGUCAUUUGCCGAAUAUUUCUGCAAACCAACUGUGAACAUGGGUCAGAAACAGGAAAUUCUGGAUCUCUUUUCUUCAGUGCUAUAUGAGUGUGUGACCCAGGAGACCCCGGAGAUGUUACCUGCAUACAUAGCAAUGGAUCAGGCUGUAAGAAGACUGGGAAGAAGAGAAAUGUCCGAGACAUCUGAACUUUGGCAGAUAAAGUUGGUGCUAGAGUUUUUCAGCUCCAGAAGCCAUCAGGAGCGGCUGCAGAACCACCCUAAGCGAGGGCUCUUCAUGAACUCGGAAUUCCUCCCUGUUGUCAAAUGCACUAUUGAUAAUACUCUGGACCAGUGGCUACAAGCUGGGGGUGAUGGGUGUGUGCACGCCUACCUCAACGGGCAGCCCUGCGAGGAGUCGCAGCUGAGCAUGCUGGCCUGUUUCCUCGUCUACCACUCAGUGCCAGCCCCGCGGCACCUGCCGUCUAUAGGACUAGAAGGGAACACAAGUUUCGCAGAACUCCUCUUCAAAUUUAAACAGCUGAAGAUGCCAGUGCGAGCUUUGCUGAGAUUGGCUCCUUUGCUUCUUGGAAAUCCACAGCCAAUGCUUAUGUGAUCAUGUCUGGUGUGGGUGGAUGGUGUAACCCGGAUGCUUUGACAAGAUUUGGAGACUGUUUUAAACUGUGAAUGGAGAUAUGUUGGCUCCACCGGAUGGUACUGAAGUCAAGGAGGAGAACUCCACAGACAAUGAUCCCAAACCCCACAGCUGGCAGUCUCCUCGCUGUGCCGGGCACUCCCUGAGCACUGCCCUCAGAUGACCAGAGCUUACGGAAGCGCUUGCAGCGUUGACCUGGAUUGUGAAAGGUUUGGGGGAAACCUCUGUUUAUUCUCAAGAAUCUUGAAUCACCCCUCCUCUCUCCCCCCCCACCCUCCUGGUGCCUCUGGAACUGACAGCUGUUAAUGUAUGGUCCCCAGAGUGCGGGUGGAAGCCAAGUGGAGCAGUCCUUUUUGGCCUGUGCAUCUCUUGUCUCACUUCUUCACUUAGCUGGGGUCUAGCUGGAGUUCUUGAUGAGACAAAUCUGUUCUGAGCCUUUUGCUCAAAGAGCCCCCUUUGUACACUGGGUGCUCACCUUCUUCCAUUGUGGGAAGAGGAGUAGCUUAGUUACUAUCUUCUCAGCUGGGCAGCUAGAGGAAAUACUCAGAGUUCCCAAGUAGAGGUGUCAUGGAUUUGGCUUUGAGAAAGAGCUUGGAAUUGUUCUGCGUAUUUUGGGAACAUUUAGAUAACAUUUCCUAUUACAUCUUUUGAGAAGUUUUCUUUGCUCUGAAGUUUACUUUAUUUGAUAUGAAUGUAGCCACUCUGUUUUCUUUUGACUCAUGUUUACAUAGCAUAUCUUUUUCCAUUCUUUUAUGUUCAACCUACCUCUAUUGUUAUAUUUGUAAGUUCUCUUUUUUUUUUUUUUUUUUUUUGCGGUACGCGGGCCUCUCACUGUUGUGGCCGCUCCCGUUGCGGAGCACAGGCUCCGGACGCGCAGGCUCAGCGGCCAUGGCUCACGGGCCCAGCCGCUCCGCGGCAUGUGGGAUCUUCCCGGACCGGGGCACGAACCCAUGUUCCCUUCAUCGUCAGGCGGACUCUCAACCACUGCGCCACCAGGGAAGCCGCUAUUGUUAUAUUUGAAGUGAAUUUCACGUAGACGGUAUAUGGUUGGGUCAAGUUUUCCAAUGCACUCUGCCAAUCUCUGCCUUUUAAUAGGUGUAUUUAUUUAUUCAUUUAUUGGCCACACUAUGUGGCAUGCAGGAUCUUAGUUCCCUGACCGGGGAUCGAACCCGUGCCUCCUGCAGUGGAAGCACAGAGCCUUAACCACUGGACCACCAGGGAAGUCCCUAGGAGGUGUAUUUAGACUAUUUACAUUUAAUGUCAGUAUUUAUAUGUUAGGGCUAAGUCUGCCGUUUUUUGUUUCCUUUUAGUUCUCUCCUUGUCUCUCUGUUUCCUUUUUCCUGCCUUCCUGUGAGUUGCUUGAAUAUAUUUUAUAAUUUCAUUUUGGCUUUAUAGUGUUUUUGAGUGUAUUUCUUUGUGUCAGUUAUUUAGUGGUUGCUCAUCUGAGAGUCCAGGAUCUCUAUGGGGCUUCCACUGGCACUGCACGUGGUGGGGGCAUGCCCCAUUGUUGCCAGGCAUGGAUGAAAAUUCUGGGCUGUCACUCAGCCCUGACUGCCACCAUCAUGGCUGUGGAGGGAAGGGCAGAGCAUCUUGUUCCAACCAGAAGAGGGUGGAAGUUUAGGUUCUUCACUCAGCCUUCAGUAACAAGUGCGGGUCCCCUUUUUUUCAUGGUGUUUGUCUGGAGUAUGGUGGUUACUGUCCAAAAGUUUUCUGUCUUGCUAGGUUGCUGUUUUCCUGAUCCUUUGGCCAAAAAGAGCAGGCUUUUCUUGGGGGAUUUUUUUUUUUUUUUUUUUGCGGUACGCUGGCCUCUCACUGUUGUGGCCUCUUCCGUUGCGGAGCACAGGCUCUGGACGCGCAGGCUCAGCGGCCAUGGCUCACGGGCCCAGCCGCUCCGCGGCAUGUGGGAUCUUCCGGUACCAGGGCAUGAACCCGUGUCCCCUGCAUCGGCAGGCGGACUCUCAGCCACUGCGCCACCAGGGAAGCCCUUGGGGGCUUUUUUGUCUGCACCCAUUGAAGCCUCUAGUUUGCUGGCUUCUUCAGCCCAGUCUGAGAUAUAAGAAGCCAAGAAGAAACCUGAAAAACUUACUGCCGUGUUGUUCCUCAGGUCCUGGGGUCCUUACCCAAUCUGCUUUUUUCUCUCCACCCUUGAGUCUUCUCAUGUUUCAUAUAUAAUAUCCAGGUGUUAUCACUGCUCUUAGCAGGAAGAAUAGGGAAAAGUUCAUCUACGCCAUCUUGUUUGUAACCAGAGGUCCAGGACAGUAACAUUUUUGUUGCGGUUACAUUUUGAGUUUCUAGCCUUUAUUGUCAUUAUUAACAAACUCUGUUCAACACAGGAAGUGGUUCCCUGAAAGCUGCAUUCAUAAAUGCAAAUUAUCAGCAAAUUAGGAAGAAAAAUGCAAACUGAGAGUGCUUCAUGUACACUUCUUUUCCUUUUCAUUCGAUCAUGUUUAUACCUAACAAUUUUGAAAACGAAGAGGUGACAUUAAGCACAUUCUUCUAUCCAUCCAUGAAAUCAGAAGAGACUAUAAGAUGCCUUUAAAGAAAAGUGAAGCAUAGAACACUUCUCAGUAAUAAAGGAAAAUUAUUCUGUAAUAACUCACAGAAUUAUGAGAGAAAAAAGUCAAUGUCAAAGGUUAUAUAUUGUGUGAUCCCAUUUAUAUAGCAUUAUUGAAAUUAUAGAGAUGGAGAAAAUAGUAGUGGGCAGAGAUUAGGGCUGAGGGUAGGAGGUGAGAGUAGGAAGUGAGGGUAGGAAGUGAAGUGGCUGUUAAAGAGAUAACUUGAGGAAUCCUUGUGAUGGGACUGUUGUGUAUGUUGGCUCUGCUGGUGGUCACACAAAUCCACACAUGUGAUAAAAUUGCACAGUACCACACACACGCACAAACAACUGAGUGAAUGUAAAAGAAGUGAAGUAUAAAUAAGGUGGAUGGAUCGUAAUAAUGGCAAUUUUGUGGUUGAGGCCAGACGCACCAGAGACCUCAGAACUCCUCUCCUGCUGGGGAUAUCGUGCUGUAGUUACGCAAGUUGGUACCAUGGGAACCUGGGUAAAGGACCUACGGGCUCUCUGUAUUAUUUCUUACAACUCUAUGUGAAUCUACAAUAGUUUCAAAAUUGUAAAAGUUUUAAAAAAAGAAAGCAAAGAAUUGUGCUGUUUUGUACUUUCUUCCUCUGCAGACUUCCCUUCCCUUCCCUGGCGCAAGCAAAGAGGAGAUGGCCAGCCUAAUCUGGUUUCUGCUUAAUGGUCUCGUGUGCAGAGAGACCCAUUUUUCUCACUAGUGUAAGGGCUGGUUGUGUUUUGCGAUGAGCCGUUUGGGUUUUGAUGGGGUGAGGUGGAGUUGGGACUGGGAGAUUGACUUCUGCAGGCACAGUUGUUCUCCCCUCUCUGUCCUCAACACCCUCCUGAAUAGCUCGGAUUAUUUCCUCUGUGCAGUCCCGAGGCUACAUCCCCUGAGACCGGCUCUGCACAAAGAUGCUCGAGGCCACACACUCCCCAGAGACCUCAGUGCCGCCUCUCCUGCUGGUGGAGAGCAGAAGACAUGUGAGUCUUCCAUGGAGGCCGGCGUUGCAGGCAGAUGUGGCCUCUAGGUCUCUCUUGUGAUGCUAAGGGCGAGAGAAGUGCCCCUGAGCUAGAAAAUGUUUGUGACUGUUAGGAAGAUAUCCAAGAUAGAUCCCAGAUUUGUGAGACACUGUGCUGUUCCAAGCACUCUCCCAUCUGACUUUAAUAGAAAAUGAUUAUAUUUGUAGAAAAUGAGAGGCAAAGAAAUGAAUGAGCUUAUGGGAGCUUUGCCAUGAGAUGCAAAAUAUCUGCAUGGAAAGCAGAGUAGACAUGAUUGCUGGGGGACAUGCGCAGAAUUUCUCAGUGUUCACUGAGUAUCAAACUGAAAUGUCAGUAAGGGCCAGAAGAAAACUUAAGUAUAUGAAGUAAGUGGAUAAGUAAUCAGAGGAGGUGUGGGAAAUUGCCAGCAAACUAGAGAUCUUGGACUCAGUACAAAUGUUUUCAAAUUCAAUUUUUGAAUCUUGUAGUGGCCAGCAGCUGCUUGCAGACAUGAGAGACAAUUCCAGGGAGACUGGUGCCUGUGUACUUGACCGUCCCUGCUGUCUGGACACCUUCAGUGCUAGUUGUGAUUGUCUUUUCUAUACUAUGAGCCCAGGAAUUAAGCUUGGUUGUAUAACGGAAACACAAAUGUCAGUGGCUUAAGCAAGAUAGGGUUGUCUGCUUCCGAUUACGAUGUAGAAAGAUAUAAACAAUUUCCUCCUAUGUUGAUAAAAGAAUUAACUAUAUAGAAUAAAAAGCAUACGUUUCAUGGGGUUUUCAAAGACUGGUAGAUGUAAGGAAGCUGCGAUGGGCUGAAUUGCAGAGGGACACACCCCCCUACAGGUCAGUUGAGAGCCCUGGAGUUCUCUGGGGGCAGGUGAGCACAGACUGAGAAGAAGCGUCCUGGGUGCGGGGAAGCUGUUAGGGUCUGAAAGAGUUCCACAUGCAAAUAGCCAUCUCCCUGCCCAACAAGUCUCUCCCUUCCCCUGGAAUUUUGCUGGGGAAGUAGCACUGGAGAAGGGGCUGGUCAGCAGAGAGAAUGCAGAGAGCAUACACAUUCCUGUGGUGCUUGGGUUGUGCGCCCUGCAGGAGGUGGACCUGAAGAUGAGCCUAGACUCUCCCAAACAAUGGCUUUCCCCACCGUCCAACCACAAGGAAAAGGUGAGUCCCUUAAUGGCAGCCUGAGGCUGGGCUACGAGAGUUUCUUACAGUAGGUGAAAAGUGAUAGUACAGAAAUUCAAGGCAGUAAUUGCCAGAUUGCGUAAAAAAACAAGACCCAACCACACGCUUUUAACACACAUGUUAAGUAAAAGGACGGAAAAGGAAACACAUGGCCACGCCCAGAGUCAGUGUGGGAGGGCACUUACACAGGGGUGUGGCUUAUUGACGCUGAGGGUUGUGGUGCAUGGGGGGGGCACUUGGAGUUGGAGGUAGCAUGGCAGAUGGGGGAGGGGAGAGGUGAUUCUGGGCUGGGGGAGAACGUCUGUGGCCCGUUGAUCCCUCUUCUGGGAAUGGCUGCUUGUUCUUCCCCAAAGGAGGUUGAGAAAUGCCCACAGCAAGCAGGCUGUCUCAGGACCCCCUAGACUACCAAGGCCUUUCUCCUUCUCUUUCUGUGACCACUUAGGCCUGGCUGGAUGGCCUCUCCAGCACAGGGGACAGGCAUGGUCUUACUAAGGCCUCCUUUCCUUUUCCCCUCAUAGAUCUGAGAGGGAAACAAAACUCAAGUGCUCCUUCAUUUUAGGUAGAAGGGCUUUGAGGGUUAGAGAACGCCUUAGGGAGAGAGUGUGGCUCCAAAUAUGGUCUGUUGUUCCAGGAGGUAAUUAUACCAACACUCUGGCCCUGAAUAUGGGAUCAUGGCCAACACAGCCCAGUCCCUGCCUUCCGGGGUUGUUGGGAGGCCUGGCUGGUGCAUGAAGCCCCUUAGGCCUUAGCCAGGUAUCAGGCGCUGAUGGUGCCUAGUGGAUGUGCUUAGGUUGGCUUAGAGUGCCCCCUACUGGGAGAAGGCCUGAACAGCAACACAGAGCGUCCGGGUUGCUGUGCAAAAAUUCUCCAGGACCGUGUACUCAACCGCUUCAGAGGACAUAUGCUUAGGGGAUUUGUACUUUAAAAUUCUUGUGAAAAUAUCAGCAUAUUAAAUUGUUAAUGUACAGGGACUGUAUUUAUUACCACUGCAUGUAGUUCUUGAGGGGCUACCAUGAUAACAUAUGGAGAGCAUUUUGAAAGUGUAAAGGGUUCCAUGAGUGUGAGGAAUUUAUAUUGUUUUAAUUAGAAAUAAUGCGCAUUAUUUAUAGGACAACUUAUUAGGAAGCUCAAAUGUAUUUAUGGAUGUUGAUUAAUCUAGAGACCAUCUCUCUUUCAGAGAAGUUAAGUAAUUUUUAUCCUGUUGAUAGAGAUUGGGUCCAUGCUAAUGUUCCCUCUUCAGUGAGCUUUUAGGUUAAAUGCUGUUAUGCGCCAAUCCUGGAUUGCGCUGACUGGGUCAUGCAGUCCAGCGUUCCUGUGUAGUGGGUGCAGAAGUUCAGGGGGCCUAUGAGUUACAGGCUCCAUGAGCAGGGCCAGAGAUAGGGCCGCUGAAAGUCAUGGUCAUGGCUGGGAGUACUGUGGUCAAAAAGGACAUCACUCCCUGAAGUAUAAAGUUGUUUUCUCUCUGGCUACUGCUAAGCACUGAUGGGACAGGAAGACUGAGGUUCUAGUUUAUUUGGUCCUUUAUUUAUUUAAAUUAAGAAAAUACUUGUUUAAAGAGUUGAUGUCAGUUUCCACUUUCUUAUUUGUUUCUGUUCUGUUAUUCAUCACAAUAAUUUAGUCAAGUGCCUGGGUUUAUAUGCAUGAAAUAAAUUUAGUUCCUACAUGCUGGGUUCUUAUAAAAGAAGGGGGAGGAGGGGGGGCAUGGGGCAGGAGGAGAAAAACUAGGCGGGCACACAGAAACCACCACACAAACAAAUCACUGUUCUCAAGAUGGCGUUUAGCGUGAGUUCCCACCGUGAGUCCACGGAGUGGGGAGUAAAAAGGUAGUAAGCACAGGACAUGUUCUGAUCAAAUGAGGCGGGUGCAGACCUCUGGGGUUGACUACAAGGGCACUGAGUUUCGGUGAGGGUGGGGCGAGUGAAAGGAAUGUGCAAGGUGAAGGUAGGGGAGACAACCCGGAACACAGUGGGUCUGCGAGGGCACCGGAGAGGGAAGACUGGGGCUGGGGGCAGGUUACGAGAGGUUCCGGGCAGUCAGAGGUGGCGAGGGCACAAGAGCCAGGCUGCGGAAGGGGUGGGGGGUGGUGGAGAGCUUUCCUCAUCCUCCCUGACCUGGUCAUGGGGCUGAUCAAAUGUUUUCACACGUGGCUCUUGAGAAGACAGGAAAGUGGCCUCUCGGUGGGCCUGGAGGACGGGGGAGAAAGUGACAGCAAACCCCACCUGCCCUUCUCCUGUCUCCCUCCUUCUCCCUAAGGCUCCCUCCUCUAGGGCUGCCUUGCCCCGGAGCAGGGUCUGUACAGCCUUGCCCAGGGUCCUUGUGGCUGCAGGUGGAGGCUGGUGACUGCGGUGGCCUGAUCACUCGUCUUUCCGGAGGCCAGAAGCCCAGGGUCUCGUUGGAUUUCAGGAUAUCAGCCCAACAGGAUGAUGGUGCCAACACAGUCCUAACGCAGGACCUGGGCUCAAAUCGCCCACCCUCCAUCACUCCAGGAAGCCCAUUGUGCCCUGGGCUCCUGCCCGUGGGUCACUCCCCCAGGUAGUCACCUAGGAGAGCAUGGCUUGCCCCAAACUCUUUGUGAAUGGCUUCAGAGCAUGAAUACCCUCCAUGGUGACAAAGUUUCAUUAUUUAAGGUUAAUUUUUAUUUGGGAAAUGGCCAAACUUUUGUUGGCAUCAAGAGUGCCCCUAUCAUAAGGUAAGUGAUGGAGUAGUUAGUUCAUUCCUACUGCCCUGCCUGGAACUCAGAAGAAUAUGGUCAAUCCAUAUUUGUUGAAAUGAACCAAGAAAUGAGGCAGUGGCUACAGAGGUGAGGAUGCUCAUUUGCUUGUGGAACUUUCAAGUAGGAUCUUCCAAACUGUUAAGAGAAUACUCAGAUAUCUUUAUGUUGGUGUGUUUGAUUUGGAAAAUAGACAAUAAAAGAACCAUUGAAUUGUAGUUCCACUUCCAAGCAAGUAAGUACCCCAAUAACCCUUCAUUUCCCUCUGUGUGACAGAAAGGUAUUUAACACAGUGACCAAACCUCUCUGUGUUAUUUUUUUAUUUAAUUUUUAAAUUUAUUUUUAUUUUUAUUAUUUUUUUUUGCGGUACGCGGGCCUCUCACUGCUGUGGCCUCUCCCGUUGCGGAGCACAGGCUCCCGAUGCGCAGGCUCGCGGCCAUGGCUCACGGGCCCAGCCGCUCCGUGGCAUGUGGGAUCUUCCCGGACCGGGGCACGAGCCCGUGUCCCCUGCAUCGGCAGGCGGACUCUCAACCACUGCGCCACCAGGGAAGCCCACCUCUCUGUGUUUUGGUUUCCUCACCUCUAAAAUAAGAACAAUGGAACCUACCUCAUAAGGUUGUUAUGAGGAUCAAAAGAGAUACAUUUGUCCAAAGCUACCUGGGAAGUGCUAUAACGUUGCAAACCACAGUGGAGUGCACGCCCCUCAUCUCCAAGUCUAAACAUGCAUGUGGUGAAUAGUGCUGCCAUGUAAGUUCCCCUUGUCCUGAAGUGCCCUUGUCCUGGCAGCAAGAGACCCAAUGGGCUGCUUCCUUAGACAAUAGCUCAGGUGACUGGAGCCCUUCACUAGGGAGUACAGGACUGGAAAUCAGUUCCAGUGUGGGAUGGUUGGUUGGUGGCAUUUCCCAGUUACCCCCUGUCCUGCAGUGUGGGCGGGGCAGCGGUUCUGGCCUGCUCACUGGCAGGUGGCAAAGCCCCGUCUACCCCUAAGGCGAUUGCUAUGUAAUCCCAUCAGUGGCCAGUAGGUGGCACAAGACACCCACCAUGGCCACUGGCUUUGCCCCAUUCAGCCUUUCUCAGAAGGGAAAAAUCUAUUUCUAAUCCAGCCUGGGCUUUAUGGCAAUGCUUAAUCACAUGGAAGGGAACAUGCAAUAACUACUGGUAUUUCUGUAAACACACAUGCUUAGAGCAGCUGCCAGUUGGGGAUGAGGACCGAGGGAGAACACUCAGUGAGAGGUCUCCUGAGGACAGUCUAUAAAAGGAAAACCCUGUGGGUUUUUAAUUUAAGAGCCUCCCAGCUAACCUUUGUGACUCAUCGAAAGAAACAUUUUGAACCCUGAUGGAGAGUGAUAAUACAUUUUCUGGAUUGUAACCUGGUCCUCCUUCUGCCCUGCCCCCUUCCCCUUCCCCCACAUGGCAGGUUUCAGAAGGGCUAGGCCGCAGGGCAGCACCUUCUGAACUGAUGUUGGCUUAUUUUCCUGUUCUUUGAUCCUGGCAAGUUGCCUGCUUCUCAGGUUCAUCCUUUCUCUGGAGGAAAGUUGAUUUGAAUCUCAUUCUGCCAUUAAUAAAAUUGGCACCAGAUGGAUGUGAAACUGAAGAGGAGACACAUCACAGCAACACAAGAAGUGUAAUCUGGUCAACCCUGGGGGAGUAAGGAUUGGGUGCUUUUAAUUUUAAUAUGUGUGGACACUUUAAAAAAUUGUGGUGAAAUACACAACAUAAAAUUCACCGUCUUAAGCAUUUUAAGUGUAUAGUUCAGUGGUAUUUAAUACAUUCAUACUGUGUAGUCAUCACCACCAUCCAUCUCCAUAGGUUUUCCUCUUAUGAAAUGGAAACUCUGUAUCCAUUAAACACUAACCCCUCAUUUUUCCGUCCCUGCAAACCCCGGCAACUACCAUUCUACUUUCUGUCUAUGAAUUUGAUUACUCUAAGCGCCUCAUAUAAAUGGAAUCACACAGUAUUUGUUCUUUUAUGUUUGGCUUGUUUCACUUAGCAUAAUGUCCUCAAGGUUCAUCUAUGUUGUAGCAGGUGUCAGAAUUUCCUUCCUUUAUAAGGGUGAAUGCUAUUCCAAUAUAUAUAUAGACCACGUUUUGUUUCUCCCAUCCUCUGUUGAUGGAUACUUGGAUUGCUUCCACCUUUUGGCUAUUGUGAAUAAUGCUAUGAACGGGGGUAUACAAAUAUCUGUUUGAGACCUGCUUUCAAUUCUCAUGGGUAUAUACUCAGAAGUGGAACGGCUGGAUCAUGUGGCUCUAUUUUUAAUUUUUUGAGGAACUGCUACAUUGUUUUCCAUAGUGGCUGCACCAUUUUACAUUCCCAUCAACAGUGCACAAGAGUUCCAAUUUCUCUACAUCCUUGUCAACAUGUAUUCUUUCUUUCUUUUUUUUUUUUUUUUUUAGAGUAGCCAUCCUAAUGGGUGUGAGGUGGUGUGUGGACACUAGAAGCUAAGUUUGUUUUUUCUAGGACUUUCUUUUGAGUGGGCUAGGCAACCUGAUAGCUUCUUAUGAAGGUGGUCUUGCGAUAAAGAAGUUCUCUCCCCCUGUGCCAUCUCCUCAGAGCAUCCAACCACGGAGCUCUUCGUGUACAUCUACACCCCAGGGACCCACUAGAGAGCAGCUUCAUUUGGCCCAAUCUUAGGUCACUGGAAUUUCUUGAGGUGUCACCAGGCUAGUGCUGAAGAGGACGCAGCUACAGGUCCUCUGAGGACAGGAGCGAGGCAGGCUGAUUUGCUAACUGCACUGUGUCGCCCUCCUGCCCCCCACACGGGUGGCAGGUCCCAGGAAUCCCUUCCUCACCGAGCCCCUCCCUGGAAUAGGACCAGGGAGGUUGGGAAGCUUGAAGUCCUCUGCCUGGCCACCAUACUCUCAAGGCGUUUGCAAUAUGCAAUAACAUUGCCAGGGACACAGCGCACGCCCAUUUAUCCAAAGUGGGGCAGCGGUCACCAGAAGUGUCUGCCCACAGCACCCUUCAGUCACCUGCCAAACAUUCUCUGGGGGUCAACUGCAUAUAUUGUGGGUUGGCCUCUGAUUUCUAGAUUCAUUCAUCUCAAAAACUUUUCUUGCACAUCCCCUAGGAGCUACAUUGUGGCAGACACAAGUCAGUAAAAGGCAGUCUGCCCUCACAGAGCUGAGAAUCACGGAGGGGGAGACCCGCAGGGCAGGUGUAAUAAGCUUUUCCGUGAAGGGUCAGGGUGCUUGGUGAGGUGGGCUGGCUGGGUGAUGCCCUCGGGCAGGUGCGCACCUGAGUCCCACGUUGGCCACGUAUUUGCUCUGUGAACUUGGCAAAAACGAGAGUGAUGAUAGCUACUUUGGAGCUGCUGCAAGGUUUGAACGAGCUAAUGAUGCAUGUAGAAGCCUCUGGAACAGAAGCGGAGGUGCUUUUCAGUGUUGUCACUCUUUCCUCUGGACGUCUGCUUAGCAUAAGGUUGGGGAGAGAGGAGAAAGUUCAGGGUAUGAGAGUGAUAGCGUGACUUCUCCAGCUGCACCCAGCGGACAGCCCACAGUGACGGCUCCCUGGCAGACAGAUGGACGUGCUCCCUGCAGUGGGGAGUGAGAGGCAGCCAGAGAGGAGCCCCAGCUCUGGGACUCUUUGCCAUCCCCCUGGCCCCCCCACCCCGCCCCGCCGGUCAGGGAUAAGUCCCUGCACAAGAACUGCCACUUUCUGAUUAAACUGGGGUUUGGACUUCAGAAGGUCUCAGCCUUUCAAGAGAAGGCUGUUCCCAGAUUUCUGCUGUGUUCCUGCAGUCAGCCAACAGCCGAGCUGCCCAGAGGCAGGUGCAACUCAUUCAAGUGCAGGAGAAUUCCAGUUUUAUUAUUUAAAAAAAAAAAAUCACAUCAUUCAUCGAGCAUUGGAAACUUUAAGACGUUUGUUGGCUGAUAAUUAAUGGGUUGUUUGUGGGUAAUGGCUUGUUAUUAAAUGGAAGCUAAUAACUUCUGGAAGGUUGUUCCAGUAAUCAUCUUGGUUAACAGUUUAUAGUUUGAAAUGUCUAAUAACAUUGCCAGGGACAUGGCGUAUGCACAUUUAUCCAAAGGGAGCAGGCGUCUCCCUUUCUCUGAUUUCAUCUCAUUCUUUCUUUACAACACACCCGUGUCACAGCAUGGUGCCCCAUUUUACAGAUGGGGAGUUGGAGGCUGAGGCUAAAGGCACAGGAAGGCUGGGGGGCGAAUGGCUGGAGCAGACCCGGGGCGGGGGGGUCUCGAGGAUGCGCUCAUUUUGGUCAUGGCUUCCCACAGCACACGCAUCCCUAACCCUGGUCGGUUGGCCUCUGUCUUUGCCGGUAGUUGUUGAUCUGAAAUAAAUAGAUGGCCGGAUAUUUCUCCAGCAAAGAUGGGUUUAUCAGGAAUCACCACAGAAUUGCAAUUUGGGGUCUGCAACCAUGGUGAGCCACACGGAAGUCUCCCUACAGCAAGAGAAUGAGGAUGCUUUUAUAGAGGGGAAGAGGAAGUUGAGAGGGUUAUAGUAAACAAGGAGUCCAUGGCUUUUCAUUGGCUGAGUCCUCACCAAGAAAGAAGAGGCGUUUUUCUUCUUCCCAUUGGGCUGUGUGCUAUGGUCGCAGGGCGUGAGAGCUCCCCCUUCUGGUCUCCUGCCUCUACUUAAUUCAGGUAUCUCUUUAUUCAUUUUACAGUUCUGAGAUACACUUGCUGGUGUUUGAGAAGCUCCCUUUCCAGGAGAGAAGCUCAGCUUCCGGGCAGGCAAUUUAAAAUACAACCUAGUUGUGUCUAUGGGUAUAGAAUGCAGGCAGAGAGCAGUGAAUGCAGAUCCAGCUUGGCCACUCAUGAGCUAACGACCCUGCGCAUUUUCCCCUGUAGCUUAUAUCUUUUGUUAACUAACCAAAGACAGGAUAUGAUUGGCCAUUUCUUCUCCUGGAGGGGCUACAGAGCAGAGAACCCUCCUUCCUCCCAAGGCUGAGGAGCGUAGCCCUUGGGGGGAAGAAGGACAGAAGGUAGAGUAGGCAGAAGUAGAGUAGGGGAAGCUCGUUUGACCCGGAGCCCUGGGAAAUGCGAAGGUUGUAGAUUCUUUGCUGAGUCGGGGCAUUAGCUAUCCUCCUCUAUUUUUGCAAAUUCCCUGGAGUUUGGUUGCAAAUGGCCCAGCACCUUCUUGUGGCUUGUGAAAUCAGGAAUGUGGGCAGAGUUCAGCAGAGACUGAGGGCCACGGCUGGGGGUGCCUCACAGCCCUUUCAUGCCUGGCUGUGGCAACCUUUAAUUUGGGGACUCUUGCGGUAUUGUUGGUGUUAUUUGGGGUUUUGGCUUCAAGAAAAUCUGUGAUGCUGUCGUUGUUAAUUCGCAAAAAUUGGUAGCAACGGUUGGCAUGUAAUGUGGUAGCGUUGGUCGUCCUGUGUUUGCCCAACACCUUCCAGGACAGUGAGGUGGGGGAAGGGAGUGUGGUCAGUUUGCUGACCUGCAGACUCCCACCGUGGGCACUUCACAUGCCUGCUCAAGAAUCUUCCCAGGCUCAGGGCAUGUGUCAAUUUGAAAAAAUAACAUAGAUGACCUUCAUUGUUUGCCCCCGAAAGAAGCAGCUUCAUGGUUUGUUUUCUAGCGAGGAACAAAGAGAGAAGUUUGGUUCUCUAGAAUCUGACCAGGCUCUAUGGGAUGACGCAUCUCAGUACUUACAUCUGCUGUGUUCCUGUCCCUCUGACUUUCACAGACUCGUCUUAUUCCUUUGAGCUACAGAUGCUCGUGGCGCUUACGCCUUGGGAUCCUUCGUGUUUUUUACGGCCAGUUUCUAAAGAUCAUGCUGGCCUUUCUUUAGUGGUCCAGGAACUCACAGGGUUAAUCCUUGGGGCAAUGUUCCCCUCUGGGCACCUGCAUGACCUGCUCCAUCUUCACCUGUGAUCACCUGGGGUGCACCCCUCCUCUCUGGGGGCCCCUCUUCUGUGGGGUGACGGAAUGCAUCCCCUCUGGGGUGGAUCGCUUUAUGUCUGUCUGCUUUUCCUGGGACACAUCAGUGGCCAGCCUGUGGAUCCCAUUCUGGCUUUCUGAAGGUGUGCCCUGACGUAGACCACCUUUUUCUAGCAAGGACGGGACACCAGGGAUUCCCUCCCGGCCUCUUGUUCCAUGUAACCACAGCUUUGUGCUGGAACAGAGGUGCAGACAGCAAGUUUGUUAAAGAAGGACAGGGACAGAGUCUAUAGACUGAUUUUUUGGAGAACGGAGGUGGGGACCUUUAAAAAGUAUUGAGAUGUAAUUUGUGUAACAGAAAAUCAACCCAUUUUACGAGCACCCUUAAUGAAUGUUGGUGAUUAUACAUAGUUGUCUAACUACCACCACAAUCGAGAUACAGAACCCUCCUUCGCCCCAAGAGGUCCUCUUUAACCUCUUUGGAGUCAUCCCCACCUUGGCCCCGGCAACCAGUGACCUGUUUUUUUAUCACUAUGGUUUUGCCUUUUCUAGAAUUUCCGAUUAAUGGAAUCGAGCAGUGUGUAGUCUUUGCAUGUGGCUUCUUUCCCUCAGCGGAAUCUAUCUGAGGCGUGUCAUCUCGGGUAUCCGUGGUUGUUCCUCUUUUUUGCUGAGUGGCUUUGCAGUGUCUGGACGCACCACCAUUUGACUUUACUCAAUGGACAUUCAAGGUGUUUCUGGUUUUGGGUGAUGAGGAAUAAAGUGGUUGUGACCAUUCAUGUA